CACCUCAUCUCCAGAUUGCCAACCCAAUCCACCACCAUGAAGCUCCCACUUCUCAUCCCCCUCCUCUACGCUACCCUCUCCCACGCAGCAGCCACCACCCUCUGCGGCCCAGAUGAAGCAAUCCUCAUCCUGGAGAACAACACCACUGCAACCAUCAAGAAAGCAGACCUAGCCUCCUACCUCCCCAACAUCUCCUUCCUCCCACCCAAUACCACCACCCCUCCCCUCCUCACCACCACCACCACCAACACCAACCACACCAAGCGCGGCAGUUCCACCGAACUCAUCAUCGAGCUCCCCGACCUCGACUUCCUCGGCUGGGACAUUGCCAUGUCCACCGUCACCCACGCCAACCAAGCCGACGCGACCCUCGCCAUCGCCGGCGGACAAAUGAUCGCCAACAGCAUCGCCAUCGGCGCAUCCGCCGACUUCACCCUAGUCGAGGACUUUCUCUCCGCCAGUUACAGUCUGACCUACACACAGACCGUGACGAGCACGUUGACCGGCACGGUCACGAUGACGAUCCCGGCCAACAAGUGGGGAGCGAUUGUCAGUAACCCACUUACCCACCGGAAGCGGGGGUAUGUGUUCACGGGAGAGCCAGGAAAUGGCCAAUUCGAGUAUUACCAGGCGGAUUCGUUCGAUAGUGCUAGUUACACGUAUUCAGCGGGAACUUUGUCGUGGGUAAAGGGCGUGGUGACCACUUGUUUGGGGGAUGGAUACCCUUUGCCUAGAUGUGAGGGGAGUGGGGAUUUGGAGUGAUUCACUCUAUGGGUGAGGGGAUGCUGAGUUGAUUACAACCUAGAGUUGGAGAAAGAGUUUCGGGGUGGAUGAUUUCCGCCUCGCAUGUUAAAUACACAGAUAGAUAGCGAAAUGUCAGACGUAGCC